AUGUUCGCCCAAAAAAAACUGAAAAAGUUGUGAAUAUUGGGAGCUUUUUGUCAUUUUUUCAGUACCUUCCGCGCUCCUCUACUUAAUCCCUGAGAAUAUUACUCUUAAAUAAAUCACUCAAGGGUAGGAAUUAUCUAUGCUUCUCUUCAGUGAGUCCAUAUAUUUUCUAUCCCUUAUUAUAUGUUUGCGAGGAUUAAAAUGUUCGAGCUUUAAAAAUUUGAUAUUCAUCAAAAUUGUUCUUGAUUCAUAUCAUUAUUAUUAUUUCUUAAGUUACCUGUUUGUCACUAAUCCUAUCCAGUUUGGAUUAUAUGAGAUGAUGGAAAUGUAUGGAAGCACUCCAGGAUGCAAUCCUGGACCAAUUGAUGAUUCUGUAUUGCAUGAUCAGGAUAAGCACGUCUCUUCAGCAGUGUGGGAGGGGCAGGAGCGUGGUGCACUAAGAUGUCACGAACACACUUCAAAGCUUGAUCAGUGGAGACUCACUCCUAAACAGAUUGAGUUAAUCACUAAUGCUGGAUUUGGCUACUUGAGAUUGAUACCAGCAAUCAGUUUGGACAACCCUCUCAUAUCUGCUUUAGUUGAGAGAUGGAGGAGGGAAACAAACACUUUCCAUUUUACUGUUGGAGAAAUGACUGUGACUCUAGAAGAUGUUGGUUUCUUACUUGGGUUACCGAUUGAUGGAGACCCAGUUAUAGGGGUAACUUAUACAAGCUGUGAAGCAGUAUGUAUGAAGUAUUUAGGCAGAGCACCAGACUCUGGUUCCACAAGUGGCGGGAUGGUGAAGCUCAGUUGGUUAAAAGAGACCUUCUUCUGGUGUCCGGAGGAUGCAAAAUUUGAAGAUAUUGAGCGACAUACACGCGCCUAUCUUCUUUACCUUGUUGGUAGUACAAUUUUUUCUACCACAACUGGUAAUAAAGUACCUGUUAUGUACCUUCCAUUAUUUGAAAAUUUUAUAUUAGCUGGGAAGUAUGCAUGGGGUGCAGCAGCAUUGUCAUUCUUGUAUAGAGCCCUGGGUAAUGCAUCUUUAAAGUCUCAGAGCACCAUUAGUGGCUGUUUAACAAUGCUACAGUGCUGGAGCUACUACCGUCUGAGUGUUGGCCGCCCAAAGCUUAAGCAAGAACCAAAGCAUGAUUGCUUUCCGUUUGUACUUAGAUGGAAAGGAAAACAAUGUGGUGCAACCAACCGUGAUGUGGCCUUCUACCGUAAGGCUUUAGAUUCUUUGAAGCCAUCUGAUGUUGAGUGGUGCCCUUACUCGAAUAUAAGUCUUGUGGCUAUACCGUAUGACAUAAGAAACAAUCUGAUUCUUGGGAGAUCAAAUACAAUGUUAAUUUGCUUUGACAAGGCAGAAAGGCACCUUCCGGAUCGCUGCUUAAGGCAAUUUGGCAUGCAACAACCAAUACCACAAGAUGUGCAGAGGUGGGAGAGGAAGAGCCGUGGAGUGGAUGGGGGUGUGGACUUGGCAGGAAAAAUGGAAUCAGAACUGACAGAAUGGGUGGAUCGUCAUCUUCGAGUUGUGGACAUUGAUGAAGAUGUGGAUGAGAGUGAGUAUAUGCCUUGGUAUCUAAAUAUCACUCGGAAAUUAGUUGGGAGGCCUGUGCCAAUAACAUCUGAAUUUCAAAGAAUGAAUGUUGCACUGAGGGACAUUGCACAUGUGGUGGAUAUGCUUUCAACACAGGGGAUGGAUGAUCAUCAAAUAAAUGCAGUGGCAAGGAUAAGGUAUCUUGCUCACGAGUGUUUGAGGGACCAUGGAGGAAGUCUGAUUGUAGAAGUUGCUAACCCGCAAGAUGAUAUUGUAAAAAGGAUCAGAGGAAAGGAGAGGGUAAGAAGGAAAAGUGCAGGAAAACGGAAGCGGAAAGAGCACCUAGGACUCUCCCAUGUAGAAACUGAGGGUGUCCGGUCAGGCUUGUGUGUAGUGCAGAUGGAAGCGGAUCAAUCGCCAUUAUACCAUUUAAACAGUGAGUUGGAUCAUUCACAGCUAUGUCUCCCUGCCAGCGAGGGUGAGGAUGCUGAACUGUGUUAUUUGCCUAAUAAGGUUGUAGAAACACAAGGUUGUCUUGAGAAUCAAGUUGAUGACUCACACUUCAAGCAUGCAGUGGAGGCAGUUGAUGAGACUCAGUAUGCUCAUAUGAUCAGUGUCAAUACUUCAGUGCCGUCGAAUGCCGACCUCGCUGUUGUCUCACAGUCCUCCCUAGAAUCUAGCAAGGACGUUGAGCAUCAAAAUGACUAUAGUGUUCUUGUAUAGAGAACCAAAGACGUCGUUCUUCAAUUUGUUCAUUUCAUUUGUUGCUUAAGUAUAGCAGGUAAGUCCGCCUUAGAUAUACUAUUAGAUCUGCAUAUGCAAACAGCCAUGACUUGCAACGCUCUGAUGUGAUUGUUACCGACAUUGCCAGAAAACCUUGAAAAUUUGGAACUACCUUACUGGCCUGUAAUCUAUCCUUGAUAAAAUCAUAUCAUUAGCUUUCUUAGUUUUCAA